AUGUCCUUCUCAGAUGACCGACUUUGUCGCAACUGCACCAAGCUAGACCUGCAGGCAGUCUUCAACCCGGCUCGAUUCGACGGUCUUCCGGCCAUUGGCUCGGCUCAGAGUUACAAGACUAGCUGGACCAAAUAUAUCCAACAUGUUGGAGACUGGAGACCGCUCACCCGUGAGGAGAGAAUUAGUCAAUACCCCCCAGGCAUGAUACCAAGUUGUCCGUUCUGUGACUUGGUCUUCUCCAUCGGCUUCAAUCUCACCCGCUAUCCGAUGGCUGAGAAGGAGAAGGUUAUGUUGGCGAUUCCUGCCAGUCUGCUCUACAACUUUGCUGCUCAGGACAACCGGAAGAGUGAUAAGAGACUUCCAGACUAUUCGGCAGUGUUCCUCCUUGUCAUGAAUCCUUCUCACUACAAGACAGCUUCUGCUCAGUACUUUGGCAAUACCAGCGCGGGCGGCGGCUUGACAGCGUGGAUCCGUUUCGCCCAUCGAGAGGCACCAGGCAGCCUGGUCUCUCUUGCAUCCACCGCCAUCUUGGAGCCCUCUCAGCCUCUUCUAGACCUACCGAUGCAAGCCAGAGUCUUGCGCGAAGAGAGAAUCGACUACGGCCUAAUCCGAUCAUGGAUACACUUAUGCGAGCGUCAUCACGACGCAUGUCGUACCAGCUCGAAUUGGCAGACUCUUCCUCACUUCAAGCUCAUAGACUGCGAAACCCGUCUGAUUAUCAACACGGAUCCAAGCACUAGGUAUCGCUACGUAGCGUUGAGCUACGUGUGGGGAGUCGCGCCUCCUGACAAGUACACUUACCCUCAUCUGCCGGACGACCUUCCGCCAGUCAUCCAGGAUGCCAUGAGGGCCACCAUCAAGCUUGGCUUCCGCUACAUCUGGAUUGACAGAUACUGCAUCUGGCAAGAUGACGCGACUCACAAGAUGAGUCAGGUGGAGAGGAUGGACCAGAUCUACGGCGACGCAGAACUCAGCAUCAUCGCUAUCGGCGCCAAAGACCCAAGCUACGGGCUGCCGGGCUUGUCUCUCGGCCGAACGCAACACGUUCCAAUUACCAAAACAAUUGGUGAGCAAAAGAUUGUCACAAACUUCAGCCACCAGUGGCAACUCAACCAGAUCUCGAGAUCGAAGUGGUCCACGCGGGGUUGGACGUUUCAAGAGACGUGUCUGUCUAGGAGAAGACUUUACUUUUCCAACUACGAGGUCUCUUUCGAGUGCCAUGACAUGAUGUGCUUCGAACACCUCACACGUCCCCUUGCUUUGCAGGGGAAUCUGGAGCAUCACGAGAGGCCCGAAUGGACUCUGCUCAACACCCCAGACGGUGUCUGGGCUAUCCUUCAAAAGUACUGCGAUCGCUCUCUGCUGUGUCUGGAGUGUUGA